ACAUAACAUCUCUCAAGUCUUCUUACAAAACUCGUUUGUCUCACUUUGUCUCUUGGCCCCUACUAAAAGCCCGAAAAAGCCCAAAACCAAUAAAACGCGUAUAAUUACACGUUUACACGUCUCUGUCAAGUCUUUCUCCGACCUCCGACUAGAACAACAACGACAGCGUUCUCUGAGCGCAUGCCACGGAGCGCAAGCCAAACCCGGUGGCUCACCGAACUUCCCAUUUGCAGCGAUUGGGUCGUCGGAUCCGCUUGACCCGUUUCAAAACUGCGUCUUUUUUAGAUAGACCGAGAGAUGUGGGUCUUCUACCUGAUCUCGUUGCCCCUGACCUUGGGCAUGGUCCUUUUUACGCUCAAGUACUUCGCAGGCCCGGAGGUCCCUCGCUAUGUUAUGCUUACCGUUGGGUACACCUGGUUCUGUUCUCUCUCCAUCAUCGUCAUUGUGCCCGCUGACAUCUGGACGACGAUAAAUCAUAUUGAGAAUGGAGGAAUCUCAUUCUUUUGGAGCUGGUCAUACUGGAGUACAUUUUUACUAACUUGGACUGUGGUGCCCCUUAUUCAGGGUUUUGAAGAUGCUGGAGACUUCACUGUGACAGAGAGAUUGAAGACUAGUGUACAUGUUAACUUACUUUUCUAUCUAAUUCUGGGAGCUAUUGGCCUUUUUGGACUGGUUCUUCUCAUCAUGAUGCACAAGAAUUGGGGUGGAGGUGUUCUAGGAUUUGCCAUGGGCUGCUCGAAUACUUUUGGACUUGUUACAGGUGCAUUUCUUCUUGGAUUUGGUUUGAGUGAAAUCCCUAAGGGCCUUUGGAAAAAUUCAGACUGGACUAUCCGCCAAAAAGUUCUUUCUCAUAAAAUUGCCAAAAUGGCUGUGAAACUGGAUGACGCUCAUCAAGAUCUUUCAAAUGCUAUUGUGUCAGUCUUUAGUCAUGAAAAAUCACCACCUGAUUAUUUAAGAUCGUUUUCAGAUUGGGGUUGGGGGAGAAGAGGAAGUGGGUAUGUUGUUACUUACAGUGACAGUUUUGCAACAUGUGAGCUCAAAUGUCCGGCAUAUGAUGUCUCUAUGACCACAGGGAAUGCAUGCAAUAUUGAUAAUGUCUUUGUGCUUUACUUGGAAACGAGCUGCAUGGUUUGCCUUGUUUCCUUUGUGGCUGUGUGUACUGGUUACUUUGCUUCAGAAAACAUGAAUAUGUGCAUCUGCACAUAUUACUCCUUGUUCAAAAUUGGUAUGUUGAUGUUUUACUCAUUAACGCCCAGGCAAACAAGUUCAGUCAACUUGCUUAUGAUAUGCUCGAUGGUCGCUCGUUAUGCUCCUCCAGUUUCAUACAACUUUCUCAAUCUCAUUCGUCUUGGUGAACAUAAAACUAUAUUUGAAAAGCGAAUGGGAAACAUUGAUCAAGCUGUCCCUUUCUUUGGGAGUGAGUUUAACAGAAUCUAUCCACUUAUCAUGGUUGUGUACACCCUGUUGGUUGCAUGCAACUUUUUUGACCGCAUAAUUAAUUUUUUUGGGAGCUGGAAACGAUUUAGAUUUCAAACCGAGGCUGACAAUAUGGAUGGUUUUGAUCCGUCUGGGUUAAUUAUCUUACAAAAGGAGCGAUCUUGGAUUGAACAAGGUCUCAAAGUCGGUGAACAUGUUAUCCCGUUAGCUAGGAAUUUCAACAGCACGGAUGUUGAGACUGGCAGCAGCAACAUGGAUAGGACUCUUGUUGAAAUGAAAGCAACAAGCAGUCUAAGCGCUGAGGGGGCAAAUGGAACUCCCUCAAAAUCUUCGAAAGAAGAUCGCAGAUAUAGCUCAAGUAAAGAAGCCAUCAGCCACAAGUAUGCUGCCAUUAGAGAACAGAGCAGACAAGCAUCUUUCAACACAAAUCCGGUGGAGAAGAAUAUUUCUGCUGCCAAGGUCUCCUUGCUUGAUGGAGACAACUCUAACCCUGAUAACACAGCAGGAGGGUCACCUACUGGCUUGUCCUCAAAGUGGGAAUCAAUGAAAAAUGGUUUCCAAAAUUUCAAGGCAAACAUAGCAGCCAAAAAAUUUAUUCCCAUACGCCAAGUUCAAGAUACUAUAGACCUACCUCGUGCUUCUUCUAAUGAGUCCCUCGACGAGAUAUUUCAGAGAUUGAAACGGCCAUCUGUAGACCAUGUGAGCUAUGUUGACGAGGAUGAAGAUGGCAGGGAGGGAAAGUCUGGUCCUAGCAGAUAAUGUCUAUAAUCUGUUUUAGGUAAUGAACUUGUUACCAUUCUAGAAUUGGGAAUAUUAAUCCCAUAAAAUGUAUAGCUCCUGUGGUGAGGGCUGAUACCAUUUGCUUGCUAUGAUUUUGACCGCAAAGAUUAGUCCAGCCUGGGAAGAUAUUUUGCGAUACCGAAACUACAUACGUCUAGUCGGAAGACUCUAGACAAUUUGACAGGAAAGAUAGGAAAAUUUCAGUGACUUGUAAAAAAAAAAGUGACAGUUGGGGACUCAUGUUGUAUUUGAAUUAUACGUGUAAUUGUAAGAGAAUGUCGCCAUUUUGUUUAUCCUCUGCAAUGUAACCUAGUGGCCGACUCCCAAAAAAUUACCAGUUCCAGAUUCAACUCAUUUUCAUUUGACA